AUGUGGAAGAGCGUGCUCCAAGCUGCAGUGGCGGCGCUUGCUGCCAGGAGCGUUCAGGCUGCCAGCUACGAUGACAUUCCCGAUAUUGAGGUCUUUGGCCAGCACUUUUUCUACACAAACAAUGGCUCGCAAUUCUUCAUGAAGGGCGUCGCCUACCAGCAAAACUACAGCCCCAACGGCUCUACCAGCGCCAAUGCCACUUACACCGAUCCUCUUGCAGAUGGCGCUGCCUGCCGACGAGACAUUCCCUACCUGAAGCAGCUCUUCACCAAUGUCAUCCGUGUCUACGCGAUUGACCCCACCAAGAACCACGACGACUGCAUGGCGCAGCUGGCCAGCGCCGACAUCUACGUUGUCUCGGACUUGGGCGAGCCCUCUACUUCGAUUCGUUCAAACGAUCCAGAGUGGGAUGUCACCCUCUACCGCAGAUACACGGGCGUCAUCGACUCGCUGAGCAAGUACAAGAAUGUCAUUGGCUUCUUCGCCGGCAACGAAAACGUCAGUUCAGACAACCAAACGGCUGCUGCUGCUUUUGUCAAGGCUGCUGUCCGUGACACAAAGACUUACAUCCAGAACCAAAACUACCGCAAGACUCUCGGUGUGGGCUAUGCUACCGCCGACGUGCCUUCCCGCAACGAGCUCGCUCAUUACUUUGCCUGCCAGCCCGGCGACGCAGGCAACAAGACCUCCAUUGACUUCUGGGGCUACAACGUCUACUCCUGGUGCGGCAACAGUAGCUACACAGCCUCCUCCUAUGACGAGCGCGUAAAGUUCUUCUCCGACUAUCCAGUCCCCGUCUUCUUCGCCGAAUACGGCUGCAUUGAAGGCCUCCCCGGCGGUCCCACCAGCCGACCCUUCACCGAAGUUCCCGUCCUCUACGGCAACAUGACCAACGUCUUCUCCGGCGGCAUAGUCUACGAAUGGUUCAUGGGCGCCAACAACUACGGUCUCGUCAGCCUCACCAACAACGACGCCAGCGUCUCCCCAUACCCCGACUUCACCUCUCUCCGCGACCAACUCGCAUCCGUCACCCCCUCCGCCACCCAACGCUCAACCUACACCCCGACAAACAGCGCCCCAGCCUGCCCUUCCGUCGGCGGCACCUGGCUCCCGCAAGCCUCGCCCUUGCCCCCAACAGUCAACCCCCAACUCUGCGCCUGCAUGCUCGAAAGCCUCCAAUGCACAUAUACCUCCGACAACCAAGACGCCUACCCCAAUGACUUCAACUACAUCUGCGGCGCAAACCAAAAGUACUGCGCUGGCAUCGCGCGCAACGCAACAAAAGGAGACUAUGGUGCGUACUCGGGCUGCGAUCCAAAAGAUCAACUCGCAUUUGUCGCGAAUCAGUAUUAUAUCGGUCAGAAUAAGCGCGCGGAUGCGUGCAGCUUUUCGGGCAGAGCCAAGACGCAGUCCGCGACUACCGCGAGUGUCUGUACCAGCUUGCUGAGUGCCGCGGGCGUGAAUGGUCAGGGCUCUGUACCGACAGCUACGGGUAAGGGGACUGCGGGCGUGAGUGGUGGUAGUGGUAAUGGUGGUGCGGUGAAGAGUUCUGGGUCGCCUGGUGCGGCAGCGGGAGUGAAUGCGCCGGGUUUCUUUGCACAUGGCAAGUUGGCUAUGGGUAUUUAUGCUGGGUUUGCUGCUGUUAGUUUCCUCGGCAUGCUGGUGCUGUGA